GCCUUAAUGAGGAGCGGCGUAGAUGAUUUGCAGGCUGAAAGAAGAUGGAGGUCCCUGGCGCCUUAAUUAAGCCCUCGGGGCUUUAGUUUCUUCUUCUGUGAAAUGAAGCCUCUUCCUUUUAGGUGGGCAUCCUUAACUUCAUCCUCACCAACAUCUCGGAAGUUGAGCGCACCAGUUCACUAAAAUCAUUUACAACUAAAAAUUCUCCAGAGACUACCAGGAGCUGCUGACAUAAAGAUAAUAACAAUGAGUGCUUGAGGAACCUUCUGGCCUUACAAAGCAAGAACUAGCUGUGUCCUGUAAACAGUAAUUGUUUGAGACUCUCAUUUUUCUUCUCUAUUAAUACAUGUAUCACGUAGAUGGUAGCGACGAGUGAAAGAAACAAAGCAUGCAAAGCCUCUAAGUAUGCCUAGCCCCGAAGUAAAGAUGCACCCCGAUUGAAUUUUUUUAGUUUAACUUGAAAAAUAAAGUAGUGAAAUAGAAACCCAAAGUUACUAAUACAAAAAAGGGACACUAAGGAUCAAGCUUCAAAUGCGAAAAGCAAGUGCCUCGAAAAUCUUGGAGAGGAUGCUUCCUAAAAACUUCCUGCACCAGGUGACCCCAGAAUUAAAAACUACAGCGCCCAGAAUGCAUCUAGACAAGGCUGCGGGAACGGAGCCCAGCUGGGCUGCAAGAUAUUGUGCGAGGCGUGGUUUCCCUGAGAGGAGAGGUUUUCGCCUCCCAAGGGCGGGAGAAUUGCGGCUGUAGCGUCUCGGCGGUGGGCGGGGCAAGAGCUAGUGAGUCACCAAUCCCCGAGCCAGCCGCGGGAAGCGCUGAGCAGCGGCGAAUCGGAACGCAGCGGCUUCCACCUCUCUUGGCGCGCAAGAAUUUGAAUACGCUUCUCAGAGCGCCUGGCGCGGCUGAGGAGAAGUCGCUCGCGCCUGCGGUGCAGGAAUUAAGAAGAUGGCAUCUUUUACACCAAGGAAGAGAAAGCAUUCUUUGACCAGUGACACCCUGUUGUCAGAUAUUCCAUCAAAGAAAGUAAUUUUGCACUUCACUGAAAAUCUGUUUCUAUCAACUAAUAAAAAGUACAUUUGUCAAAGUGCUGAUGAAAAUGAAGAAAAUGUACAUUGCUCUCAACAAGGCCAUUUCACCUUAAGUCCACUCAAAACAGCUAAAAAAAAUGGGUUGCCAUCUGCAAGACAAGGUUCGCCAUUUAAAUCUGCUGUGUCUGCUGUAACUUUUUACAACAAAAAUAAGUCGUACCUCAAUCCCUUGGAGAGAAAGGUGAUAAAAGAGUAUAGAUCCACUUAUCUAAAAACUAAUAAUGAAGAUAAAUCUUUUCCCAGUGUGACAGGAAAAAUUAAGAGAAAACCAGUUUACUUCAAGAAGAGCAAUAAAAAACCACAGAAGAAUUUAACUGCUAAGUGUCAACCAAGUUAUAAGCAUAUCAAGCCUGUAUCAAGGACUUCUAAAAGUUCUCAGCAAAAUCGAGUGACCUAUAAGCCAAUUAUGGAGAAAGAGAAUAAUUGUUAUUCAGCUAAAAACAACCCUAACGUUCCACGAGUUCUAAGCCAAAAAACAAAACCACAGGUUACACUCCAGGGUGGAGCUGCAUUUUUUAUUAGUAGAAAAAAAUCCUCUGUUAAAAAAUGUUCUCUGGAAAAUGAGUCACUGGGACUCAACCAAAAGAAUAAAUCAGUAAUAACUGAAGAUUCUGAUGUAGAAACUGUCAGUGAAAGAAAACCUUUAGAGACAAAGCAAAUGCCAAAGUGCUUAUUCCUGGAAAGGAAAUUGAACAUUGAGCUACUGGGUGAAAAAAGCAAAAAGGAAGACAAGUUAAUACAGGAUUCAUCAGGUGGAGUAGUUUCUUCAAGGGAAUAUGAAGUUGAUAAAAAUAAGUGUAUUUUUUCUUUAGAGGAUUCCCUUGGUGAGAACAAGACAAUUUCUCCUGAGUCCAUCAUCUAUCCCAUCUUCAAUGUGUCUUCAGUCAAUACAAAAAAAUCUCUAGCUGAAGAUCAGUCUUCUGUGGGAUCCGUUGUAUGUACUAACUUCUUGAAACAUGCCAGUACCCAGAAAAGUACAAAUACCAGAGAUACAAAUAAAGAAUCAAAAGACCAGCUCAUCAUUGAUGCAGGUCAGAAACGUUUUGGGGCUACUAUGUGUAAAUCUUGUAGCAUGAUAUAUACUGCUUCCAGCCCUGAGGAUGAAAUGCAGCAUGUCCAGCAUCACCACAGAUUUCUGGAAGGAAUCAAGUAUGUGGGAUGGAAGAAAGAGCGAGUAGUAGCAGAGUUUUGGGAUGGGAAAAUCGUGUUGGUCCUGCCACAGGAUCCAAGUUAUGCUGUCAGAAAGGUAGAAGAUGUCCAAGAACUUGUUGAUAGUGAAUUGGGCUUUCAGCAAGUAGUUUCUAGAUGUCCAAACAAAACCAAAACUUUCCUCUUUAUAUCUGAUGAAAAGAGAGUAGUUGGGUGUUUAAUUGCAGAGCCCAUCAAACAGGCCUUUCGGGUCCUGUCUGAACCAACUGGCCCAAGCUCUAAAGAAUGUCUGAGGGCGUGGCAAUGUUCAAAUGUACCAGAACCUGCAGUCUGUGGGAUAAGUAGAAUCUGGGUUUUCAAAUUGAAGAGAAGAAAGCGCAUUGCAAGACGACUGGUAGAUACUCUCAGGAAUUGUUUCAUGUUUGGCUGUUUUCUCAGCACUGAUGAAAUAGCAUUCUCUGACCCAACACCAGAUGGCAAGUUAUUUGCAACCAAUUAUUGCAAUACCCCUAAUUUCCUGGUAUACAAUUUUAAUAGUUAAAGUUGAUUUCAAAUAUAAAAUAGUUACUAUGUGGAUAAGUACAAAAAUUCCCUUAAUGUCAUACAAUACUGAGAUUCAGACACAGGCAUGCAAAACUGCCAGUUUUGUUUCUUAUGAGUUGAAAUUUGCUAAAAGAUUAUCUAUGGAUUCAAAGAAGAAAAUUUCAAGGUGAUGUACUAAUUAAUAAUUAGCAUUCUGAUUCCUUUGUUAUGAAACUUUGUAGCUAGAACUGGAAAAUUACUUGACUCCUACUAAAGAGAAUUGACAUAGCAAAGUGUUUUCAAAGGUGUUGACAAGAAAUUUGAUAGGGUCUUUAAGGGGGAGGGGAUGUUUUGUUUUAUUUAAUUUAAAUAGGUCUAUUUUGAACUGAAUGUGUGUGACCACUCAGGAGCAUAUUGCCUCAAGAAGUCCUGAGAAAAUGUGCUCUGAUCUGGUCUUUCAUAAAGCAUACCUAUAGACCAGGAUUAUUUCAUGCCACAUCAGAAGCAAAGAGUUAAAUUUAAACCCAGGCAAAAAAUUUCCAUGCUCAAAGUUUAAAGGUAAUUCCUGAAUUCUAUAUAUGAAAUUCUCACUUUAUGGACACUUCUGUAAUUUAACUCAGUCUGAAUGUAAUUAGAAAGUAUUUUGAGUUUCUCAUUUGUAACAAGAAAAGAUGGCACAGAAUGAGUAAGAUAACCCAUGUCCACUUAAAUAGAACAGAAUUUCAUAGCUUAAUGUUUUAAUCUUUUUGAAAAUCAAUCAUAUGUAUACCUGUUAUCAAAUUUAAUUAAAAUUAUACUUUGCAAUUACACUAUUCCAUUAAUUUUGUUGUGUGAAAAUACUGAUAGUUCUUCUUUAGGAACUUGGUACUGGGAAUUGAUGUCAUUAACAAAAUGGCUCCUAAUUCAUUUGGUUUUAUUUUUGAAAUUUUGCUUGUUUAAAAUAAUGCACCUUCUUGUUCUGAGACAUCUGGCAAAAGUCUUUGGAAAUUUAUGGUAACCGAACCAAGGUUAGUAAAUAUAUCUAAGCUGGUACACCAGGGAAUAUGACAUGUAACUACACCUAAAUAUGUACACAUUUUUCUAAUAUAAUUCUUUCAUGCUUACUUGGUAAAGCAAAAAAAAAUUAUUCAGAUUCCUUUGAUUCUAAAAGAUCAUUUAACUACUGUCUGGUAGUAAGAUUCUAGGUAAGUAAUGCAGUUAUAACUCUUUAUAGAAUUUGUUCAUCUGCAUUCUUUUUGCUGUAAGUUAGCAUGAUUUCAAAUUUUAAAGGCCUGGGUUCCAAAAGGAAUGUGGAAGUGUUAAAAUGUGUGUAAUUAUGCAAAUAUUUUAGUACUAUUUUCUGCAUUGUUUUUUAAAAUUCUUAACCAGUUUGUUCAGUGAUUCUAUGAUGAAUCAAUUAAAAUUCUUUUAUUCUGUCUAGUCUCAUAUAGUUGAUCUGAUUUUCUUUU